UUCCUUAAAGUGAUCAUUAAUGUAGACAACGGUCUAUGAUAGUCAUACAUUGUUGUUGCUCCGAGACUAUUCUUUCCAGAGAAGGAAUCAAGAAAAUCAUGUUGCGUUCAUCAGUGAUCGCUGCUUUACCGUUUCUACUUUUUUCUUUCCUGCCAUUUUCACCUGCUUACGCCAAUGACCCAUCCGCGUGCCCCGAACCAUGGACUCGCUGGGAAGGCUUCUGCUACCUCCUGCAGGAGCGCACAACCCCGUGGCAAGAAGCUCAGACCAACUGCAUCACCAACGGCGGCGGACUGGUCACCCUCAGCUCCCGACGGCAGCUCCACUUCUUGAGCCGUUUUGUGGAAGACCAACCCACCACCACGCCCAAGGGGACUCUCUGGCUCGGAUGCAAGAGGGAGAAGGACCAGACGCUUUGGUAUUGCUUGGAUGGGAAGCCUCUCUAUGACGGCAAUCAGCAUGAUCAUGUAUGGGGAGAUGACGAGCCUCAUUUGAACGAAUCUUUACCAGCUGCAGUCGUCUUGAAGACAAGAGAAGGAACAACGAUGGACACCAGCCCAACCGAUGAUCAUUACUCCAUGUGUCAGAGAUUGAUAUUACACGGCUCGUCGAUGAAAUCGAUCUCGCUUCGCUUUCAUCGCGUUAUCCAAAACUUCAUCAUAAAGGGGCACUCCAUCCUGGCUACACCACAGCCCUCUAGCCGGCUGGUGUGCAGCGCGCUCUGCCUGGAUACAACAGAAUGCGUAUCGUUCAAUCUUCGGGCGGACGGGACGUGCGAAUUGAAUACCAUGGACUGGAGACAUGCCGGAGAUGGUGUGUUUGCGACAGAGAUCGGUGCUCAGUAUUUUGAGCCAAUUUAUCACACGUAGGCAUGUAUGUUAACCACUUAAGAAUGUAGAUGAAGGCGAUGAGGGGGCGGGUGCAUUCUCUGUCUUUUUAUUGUGGGGGGGGGGGGGUGAAUUCGCCUAUUUUUGCUGAUCAGAACGGGAACACGGGGGGCACAUCUCCAAUUUUUACUUUCUUAUUGCGUUUUUUUGCCCCCUACUCCCCCGUGAUGUUGGAUUGAAUUAUGUUACCCCUCCCUCUCCAAUUACUGAGUUUUCUAUCAUCCCGUGAGUACAUCAUCAUAAUCAUAUAAUUUCGAGUGCUACCCUUAUAGUAGUGACGACUAAAUUUGUAUUUUACUGUCAUCAUAGACUGAAACGCCUUCGCGCAGGUAUUUAAGAGAGAGGGGGGGGGGGGCAUGUGUGCGCUGUUUCUGGAUAAUAAUGGAAUAAAUAAAAGAACAUAAUUUAAUCAUGACGCCUUUUCCUGCACAUUGGAGCAUGCCUCUCCUACCAUCCCAGUAUAGCUUAUAAAUAAUGUCACUUUAUGUCUUAUCUAUCAAUAAAUGAAAUUGCCGAUGAA